AUGGAAAAAUCAACCAAUCAUAACAUAUCUCAACUACAAUAUAGUGUCAUCAGACUCCUCCCACUUCCUCUUUCUUUGCUGCUUGCCUCCCAGGUGAGUCUGCUCCAAUUACAUUGCCUCUCUAAUUUAGGUUUAUAUGUCUUUAUUUGUAUUUUGUGCUCUACUUCACCUCAGGAAACUUGUUAGUAUUUAAUACCCUUUGAUUUAUUAUUUAUAUAUUUUCUCAUUAUCUAUAUAUUUAUAAGUUGGUAUUGUCCCUUUCAUUUUUUUUUUGUGCACUUGUGAUUUUAGCCCUUUCCUUAUUCUGUUGGCUUUUAUUUUAUGAACUGGCCUUUAAAUUCGCUGCCGCUCCGUUUGCAUUAAAACGGAGCGCUCUGCUAAUUCGUUGUGGUUUUCAAUCAGCUGGCCGCGGCUCUCCUCAGAAGUAGAGCCGCGGCCCAUUCUCGCCAUUCACCUCAGCCGCGGACUCCAUUUCCCAUGAGCCCGCGGCUGCCGACUUCCCGCCUUUCUCUUUCUCCCACCCAUUCGCGUCUGCCUUCACAGUUUUUUUCCCGCCUUUUUACUAACGGCGAUAUCGCGGCGGCCAUCUUUCGCUGCCUCAGUGUCCCUCCAACGGAUCUUGCACUCUUUAGCAGGCACAUAGGAGUUUCUUCAGACUGA